AUGUUGGGCACUGUAGUACUCCUGCAGUUGAUCCUCUGGACGACAGCUACUCACGCAUUUUACCCGUGGUUUCCGGCUUGGGUCUGUGAAAAAGACGACAGUAUCUGCAACUCUAGCGAUUCUCCCGAGGAUGUCGCAAAGACAACGCGGGAUGUCUCUCCUCUGGCCGAGGGGUUGACCCUAAAACUGAGCCGAAGGAGACACGGUAUAGACAUGCCGCUUGGGGCCAGAGUAGCACGCCAAGCCGAGAGAUUCGCGAGGAGACAUGCGGCUGCGGCCACGACGCCGCCUGCCACCGCAACGGCCGAGCUGGCCAAGCGCGCCAACACAUUCGCAGUCGUCACAGCGGCCACGCCCGCAGCCAGCAACGCAGUGGGCAUCGACCAGGACGGCACGGACUUCUCGUACUUUGUGCAGGCCACGCUCGGCUCCAACAAGACACCCAUGUACAUGCUGCUGGACUCGGGGGCCGGGACGACAUGGGUGAUGGGCACGGACUGCACGUCGAGCGCCUGCGCGCUGCACAACUCGUUUGGAGCGGCCAACUCGAGCUCGCUAAAGAAGACGGGCAACAGCUUUUCGAUCGCGUACGGCUCGGGCACGGUGGCGGGCAAUCUGGCCAACGACGACAUCACGGUGGCGGGCAUCUCGGUCAACAUGAUGUUCGGGCUCGCCAACAAGACGUCCAACGACUUUUCACACUUUCCGUUUGACGGCAUUCUCGGGCUCAGCCUGAGCAAGGGCGUGACGAACAAUUUCUGGCAGGUGGUGAUGGACGGCAAGCUCGUGGACUCGAACAUCUUUGGGAUUUCGAUCUGGCGCGACUCGGACGGCGGCAGCAACAACGGCGAGCUGACGAUUGGCACCACGGACAGCAGCCAGUACACGGGCAACAUUGGCUACACGGCCGUAGACUCGAGCGCGAACGGCGACUGGGCAAUCGCGAUGGGCAACAUCGGUUUUGACGGCAGCCUUGCGGGCGUGACAGACCGGCUGGCCUACAUCGACACGGGAACGACGUACAUGUUUGGGCCGAAAGACGACGUGGCGGCGCUGCACGCGCUGAUCCCGGGGGCGUCGACCAGCGAUGGCGGCACAACAUACACGGCACCGUGCAACACAGACCUGCCGCUCACAGUGGUGUUUUCGGGCGUUUCGUACAACAUCUCGUCGGAGGACUGGCUGUCGAGCGGCAGCAGCGGCAACUGCACAAGCAACGUGUACGGCCGCGAGGUGGUGUCGGGUGCGUGGCUGUUUGGCGACCUGUUCCUCAAGAACGUCUACACCGUCUUUGACGUUGACAAGACUCGCAUUGUCGAGCUCAAAGGCGUCCUCGACAGCCAGCAGCACGUCGGGAAGUACGGUGUCAUCGACUUUGGCAGGAAGUGGUGCGACAUCGUCUUCUGGGAGCAAGGCAACAGCGACAGCGGUGGCGGAAUCUACGACGGCCCCGACGACGCAGAAGACGUCUUCGCCUGCGAGUCGGUUGGAGGGAAGCAAGGUCGCCACAGUGGCAUGCACAAAGGGGACAAAGGGACAGAUUGUCAGGCGGCUGUUUUGGGGAGCGACAUGGCAGGGGCACAGCGGUUGUCAGCGGGGGAUGGCGAGGAGAGCGUGGGCCUGCUGGCAUCGGGACCCGGGGGAGACGAGGGUUUGGCGAUGCAGCCGGGCAGCAGCGACGAUUCGGUGAAGCGGGCGGGCAGCGUUGGACUGGGGCUGGGGCUAGUGACGACGGAGAUCGGCGGGCUGUCAUCGCUGCGAUCGCCGCUGACGCCGCGGACGCCAAACCGGGUACGAUUUGACCUGACGCCACAGGUGGCGGACUUUCCGGUGCGUCUGGGCGACAGCUGGCCGGCGGACGGGCGGCGGAGCCAGGACAGCAGCGGCAGCGAGGGGUAUGGCGGGCGUGACAGCUUUGACGUGGACGUGGGGGCGGAAGAGGCGGCGCGCCAGCACCGGCUGCCGCUGUUGACGGGCAUGGAGGCGCCGACGGUGGCGACAGCACGAACGGGCAGUUUUCUGGGGGGCGAUGACGGCGACGACGGCGACGACGACAGAGCCGGCGGCGAUCCCGAGCUCUGGGCGGCCCAGGAACGGCGGCGGCCCAAGUCCGGACUCGGCAGCGCGUUUAUGAACAUGGCCAACAGCAUCAUCGGGGCCGGGAUCAUCGGACAGCCGUACGCGUUGCGGCAGGCCGGACUGGCGUCUGGCGUGGUGCUGCUCGUGGCGCUCACGGCCGUCGUCGACUGGACCAUCCGGCUGAUCGUCGUCAACAGCAAGCUCAGCGGCGCCAGCAGCUUCCAGGGCACCGUCGAGCACUGCUUUGGCCGGCCCGGACUCGUGGCCAUCAGCCUUGCCCAGUGGGUCUUUGCCUUUGGCGGCAUGGUCGCCUUUGGCGUCAUUGUCGGCGACAGCAUCCCCCACGUGCUGCUCGCCAUCUGGCCCGCCCUGCGCGAUGCCCCCGUCGUCGGUCUGCUGGCUGACCGUCGCGUCGUCAUCGCUCUCUGCCUCGGCACCGUCUCCUAUCCUCUCACGCUCUACCGCGACAUCGCCAAGCUGGCCAAGGCCAGCACCUUUGCCCUCGUCAGCAUGUCCGUCAUCAUCGUCACCGUGCUCGUCCAGGGCGCCCUGGUACCUGCCCAGGACCGCGGCUCCUUCAGCCGGCCGCUGCUGACCGUCAAUACCGGCAUCUUUCAGGCCAUCGGCGUGAUCUCGUUUGCCUUUGUCUGCCACCACAACUCCCUCCUCAUCUACGGCUCCCUCAAGACGCCGACGAUCGACCGGUUCGCCCGCGUGACCCACGUGUCCACGGGUGUCUCCAUGGUAGCCUGUCUGAUCAUGGCCCUGGCCGGCUUCCUCACCUUUGGCGACCGCACGCUUGGCAACGUGCUUAACAACUUCCCAGCCGACAACACGAUGGUCAACGUGGCCCGUCUCUGCUUCGGGCUCAACAUGCUGACGACGCUGCCGCUCGAGGCCUUUGUCUGCCGCGAGGUCAUGUUCAACUACUUCUUUCCGGGCGCGCCCUUCAACAUGCGCCUGCACAUCCUCGUCAGCACCGGCCUCGUCGCCGCCGCCAUGGGCCUCAGCCUCGUCACCUGCGACCUCGGCGCCAUCUUCGAGCUGGUCGGCGCCACCAGUGCCUGUGCUAUGGCCUACAUUCUGCCGCCGCUGUGCUACAUCAAGCUGACGACCCGCAGCUGGCGCACCUACAUGGCCGCAGCCAUUGUCGUCUUUGGCUGCUCUGUCAUGGGCAUCAGUCUGCUGCAGGCCCUGCAUAAGAUCAUCAAGGGUAGGCUUGGCCCCCGUCUGCUUAUCGUUCUGUCACGCUCGUCAAUUGUCCACCCUGCUAACCGCUCAGGCGAAGGAGGCACGGCCCAGUGCCGGUAA